AUGUUCACUUUCUCCUCGGUACUGGAUUCAAUGCUGCUCCGUCCGGCGGACAAGAACGAUGCAGAGUCUUACACCGAGACACGGGAUCUGCUGAGGACAGAGAUAGUCAACCCUUUGCGCAAGAACGGCUAUGUCUGUGCUACCAAAGUCAUGGCUCUGCGGAAAAUCCUGGAAACUGCCGGGCAUUCUUCAGGCUUCACCAGUGAAGAGAAAGACCCAGAAGAAUUCCUCACCCUGUUGUUCCGAGUCCUGAAAAUGGACCCACUCUUCCAGAUUCGCUCGGCUGGUAAGGACCCCCAUGGCUGCAUUUUCUACCAGAUCUUCACCGAGGGGCACCCGACCCAAGCGGUGCCUACUGUUCAGCAGCUGCUGGAAGGGUCACUUGUCACUGCGGACCUCAAGUUCACAGAGGCCCCCUCCUGUCUGAUCCUGCAGAUGCCCCGGAAUGGGAAGAACUUCAAGGCCUUCCGCACCAUUCAGCCCAGCCUGGAACUUGACCUCACUGACCUUCUGGAAGACGCCCCUCGGGAGUGCUGUAUCUGUCAAGGGCUGGCUGUGAUGGAGUGUCUGGAUUGCUACGGGGAUCACAGCUUUGGCUUUGGACACAUCAAACAGUUCUGCAGGAUGUGCAGCCAGCAGGUUCACAAGCACCGCAGCCGGCGCUCUCACCAGCCCCGCCCGCUGCAUCUGCCCGAGGAGCUGUCCCGCUUGGGCCGUCUACCCGACGUCAUCCCCCGCCAGACCAUGCAACUCUUUGCCGUCCUCUGCAUUGAGACCAGCCACUAUGUGGCCUUUACCCACCAUGGCUCUGGUAUCCACCAGUGGCUCUUCUUUGACAGCAUGGCUGACCGAGAGGGUGGUCUCAACGGCUUUAAUAUCCCUCGCAUUACGGCCUGUUUGGAGGUGGCGGACUACUUGGAAAUGUCCCCUACGGAGCUGCAGGGCCUGGACCCCAAGUCCUUGCCCCCCUGUGCCCGCCGCCUGCUCUGCGAUGCCUACAUGUGCUUCUACCACAGCCCUUCCCUCGGUCUGUACAAAUAAGCUCCUUGCUGAAGAGCACAAGGAUUUUCGCCAAAGCCUUCAGGUCAUGGCUCUGGAGGCCCGGAGGGAACCCUGCCAUCGGCGUGUAGCAGGACGCAGAUCUUUAGCCAGAGCAGCCGGGAUAAGCGGCACAGGCCCGACCCGGCGAGCGGCCCUGGAGAUGUAGGCAACAACCACAGAUAGAACCUAUUUCUACUUUUGGUGGGAACCCUGACUCGAUUGAAAUAAUCCCAGCCGUGAUUGUCUGCCCUGCAGCUGUGUUAGUGAGGAUUAGGGUGGCCAGGUGUAGUCUGGGAAAUUCCUGGCGAUUUGGGGGCGGAGGGCAGAGUUUGGGGAGGGGAGGGAGCUCACAGGUAUGUGAUGUCCUCGAGUCCGCCCUCCAAAGCGGCCGCUUCCUACAGGAGAAUUGAUUUCCGGCGGCUGGGGACCAGUUGUCAUUCCAGGAAGAACCCCAGGCCCUCCCAUGGGGCUGGCGACCCUUGCGAGGAUGGAUUUCUGUGGCGCCGUUUCCGUGACGUCCGUGCCACCUGAGAUUCUGUCCUA